AUGGUGAAAAUAUUCACCUUGGUUCUGUUGGCAAGCUUGUUUGUCUCUUCACAUGGUAUACUAUGGGAUUUAUUUGGAAGCAGUAAGCCAGUGAAGAAUUGUACAACUUCCCAGUUCCAGUGUAAGAAUAAACACUGUAUAAAGAAAGCCUGGUUAUGUGAUGGAUUGGAGGAUUGCUUGGAGGGUGAAGAUGAAGCCAAUUGCACGGUUGAAGUGUGUCCGAUAUCGUGGUUUAAAUGUGACAAUGGAAGAUGUAUUGAUCCAGAUUUUAAAUGUGACGGCCAAGAUCAAUGCUCUGAUAGAUCAGAUGAAAUUAGUUGCUUGAACUCUGACUUGAAGAACUGUGAUUAUAAUAGUUUGUCUAUGUUAACUGUUUUAUUUCCAGUGAACUCUGACUUGAAGAACUGUGAUUAUGAUAGUUUCCGUUGUAAGAGUGGAGGAGAAUGUGUCCCUAAUGAUUUUGUUUGUGAUGGAAGUGAAGAUUGUAAUGAUGGUUCUGAUGAACAUUCUUGUGAUCAAGUAAAUUGUGCCACUGAUCAGUUUCUGUGUCCGAACACCACCCUAUGUAUUAACAGAUAUCAGAUGUGUGAUUUGAUACCAGAUUGUGUUGAUGGUGCGGAUGAAGCAGACAACACUUGCCAUACAAUAGAGAGAUGUGAAAGAACACCAGGAAGUUUUAUGUGUACUAACUUAGAGAAAUGUUUAGAUGUAAGAAAAGUCUGUAAUGGAAGAGAUGAUUGUUUAGAUGGGUCUGAUGAGCCGAAAAACUGCUCUAUGGAAUGUGCCAAACUAGGGUGUUCACAAGCUUGCGCUCCAGUAAAAGGAAGCUUGACCUGCCUCUGUGUCAGUGGACUAGAAUUAGAUAAGGAUGAGAAAACUUGUGUUGAUACAGAUGAAUGUCUGUCGAAGAAAACCUGGGAAUUACGCUGUAGUCAGAUUUGUAAGAAUUCUGUUGGAAGUUAUGAAUGUGACUGUAUCCAUGGUUACGAACUAGAACCAGACGACCACACCUGUAGAGUACCAGGGAAGGAAGCCAUCUUGUUUUAUUCAACCCGUACAUCUAUAACUCAGUUAGGAUUAAACUCGGGAGAUACGUCAUAUUUCAGAACAGAUUUAACAGGUAUCUCUGCUUUAGCUGUAGACAAUAGUGGUAAAACUAUAAUCUUCCAUCAUUGCACACUUCAAGCUGUAGACAGUAAUGGUAAAACAGUGUACUGGGCCAGUAAUACAGAUAAGAAAGUUUAUAAAUCAAGAACAGAUGAAUGGAUACUACAUCGUCGUCGAGCCAUCAUCUCUGUUGGACUGGUCAGUGUAGAAAGUCUAGUAUAUGAUUGGGUAGGAGCGAACCUGUAUAUAGUGGACAGUGGAAGAGGGGAGGUUGUAGUCUGUAAACCAGAUGGUGUAAGCUGUUCUGUUAUUCUCAAUGAACUACAUUCACCAACCUCUAUUGCUGUGGAUCCACAUGCUAGGAAUCUGUACCUAUCAGAAGCUGGUAAUACGAGAAAAAUCAGUAAGAGUUGGAUGGAUGGUGAUAAUAAACAAGAUUUUAUAUCAGAUAGACUUGGUCAACCUACAUGUCUUGUUAUAGAUUAUACGAUUGGUCGAUUAUACUGGGCUGACCUAACUUUCGGAGUGAUUGACAGCAUCAAGCUGGAUGGAACAGAUCGACAGGUGAUCUUAGCUCAUGAAGUUCACCACCCGUCCCUUCUGGUGGUAUUUGAAGACUUGAUGAUCUGGUCAGACCAAGUGAAACAUACUCUGAACUCAGCUAACAAACUGAAGGGACGAAAUAGAACUCAUCUUGUCAGUAACGUACCUCGUACAACAGCUGCUGUCGUGUUACACCCCUCUCUACAAACACCAGAUGUGUUUGGUUCACCGUGCCAGCUAGAGAAAUGUAGUCAUAUUUGUCUAUUAAGUAAUAAUGUAGCCAAGUAUACAUGUGCCUGUCCUAUAGAUUUCCAGCUUGGGGAAGAUCAACACACUUGUCAGAGAAAAGGUUCCAGUAAGAUGUUAUUAGUUGCUCAUGAUUCAGAUAUUCUUCAGUUCUCGUUGAAUUAUAUCGGGGGUGAUCCUUACACUAUCUAUUCCUCUGACGAUGAGGAGAUCCAAUCACUAGGGUAUGAUCCAAUCUGUCAAGAAAUUAUCCAUUCUUUUCUCAAGUAUGAUCAUCCAGUCAUUUGUAAAUCAUCUUUAGACAGCAACCAAGAACACAAGAUUAUUGUGAAGGGAGACAUGAAGAAAAUUGCCAGUUUAGCUGUAGAUUGGGUGGCACGAAAUGUCUUCUGGAUAGAUUCAGGCAAGAAAACAUUGGAAGUAUCACAUAUUGAUAAAGAAAUACGAUCUGUUCUGUUGACACCAGCUGAUCUUGAUGAACCUCGAGCCCUGGCUCUUAAUCUUCAAGAUGGAACAAUGUUUAUAUGUGAUUGGGGCAUGGUGGAAGCGAGGAUAGACGUCUGUGAUAUGGACGCAGCACACUGCUAUCAUCUUGUACGUCACGGUCUGGGUAAACCAAACUACCUGACUAUAGACUCAAUCACAGGACGGUUAUUCUGGACAGACGCCAAGCUGGGAGAAAUCUGUUCUGUGACUUUAAAUGGUGAAAAUAAAAUGACACAUACUGUAUCAACUGAAGAGCCUCUGUCACUGGCUGUAAUGAAUCAGAUGAUGUAUUGGACUGACUGGAGAACAGAUACUAUACAAUCUCUUAACCUUACUUCAAAACAAUACUCUAUAUUACACAGUAGAAUGGAGGGUAGAACAGAGUUAACACUAAUACACCAAACAAUACCAGUUGUGAAUGGUUGUAACCAAGUUGAUAAUGGAGGAUGUAGCCAUGUUUGUUUAGCUAAACACAAGAAUAGUAAAACUUGUCUAUGUCCAGAUAAUCUCAUACUAGAUGAUGACUUGCUGACCUGUGUUGAAGAUGAUUAUAGUUGUAAACCAGGUCAGAUAAAAUGUCGAGUAAAUUCAACUUGUAUGGACCCCCAGCAGAUCUGUGAUGACAACAUCGACUGUCCAAACAAAAUAGACGAACUUAAUUGUCCUUCCAAGUGUAAAACGGGUCAUUUUCGUUGUUCGGAUGGUAAAUGUAUUCCUACAAGAUGGAUGUGUGAUGGUACAGUAGAUUGUAUCAAUGGAACAGACGAACAAACUCAAAACUGUAUUCCUCAGAUUUGUACCAAGCGACAGUUCCGUUGUUCGGAGUAUCUCUGUGAGGUGAAGUCUGUAGUAUGUGACCAUUUUGAAGAUUGUCCUAACGGUGCUGAUGAGAGGAACUGUACAGAUAAAUGUCCUCCUGGUCAUUUUCAAUGUGAUGAUGGUUGGUGUAUAGCAGAAGAUAAGAAUUGUGAUGGAAUACAGGAUUGUGCUGAUAAAUCAGAUGAAGUAGAAUGCACUGGUAGUGAGUGUGCUACUAUGAAUGGAAACUGUUCUCAUCAGUGUGAGAGUCUAGGAGACCAGUAUAACUGUUCCUGUUUUCAAGAUUAUGAACUGGCUGAAGAUGGCACAACUUGUCUUGCUAAAGGAGUACGUCCAUAUUUACUGGUAGCUAAUUAUAAAGGUAUACAUAGAAUAUCAACUAACGGACAGACUGGACAAACUAGUAUAGUAGACUCUAACACACCAGUACUAGAAGUUGAUAUUAUAAUGGAUACUGGAACUAUUGUCUGGUCAACCUACAAUGAAACAACGAAUACAGCCACAAUUCAUACAGUAACUGGUAAACAGUCUCAUAUAGUGUUAGAAAAGACUGGACAUAUCUGUAGUCUAGCUGUAGACUGGAUCACUAGGAUGGUUUACUAUACAAGCUAUACCAAUACUACUGGUUCUAUAGGAUGUUGUCAAGUUGACUCAGCGUUAUGUACGACCCUCGUCUCAAGACCAGAUUGGACUCCCAUGUCUAUUGCUGUUCAUCCUUUGAAUGGACUAUUGUAUUGGGUAGAUAAGGAAGAAGAUAUGUUAUUGAUGAGUUAUCUAGAUGGAAGUUUUCCACAGAUCCUAGUUGAUUCUGGAGUAUAUAGUCCUGUCAACCUGGUUAUAGAUUACGUUAAAAACAUCCUCUACUGGAUUGACGACUUCUUUGGUUGGAUGAAAUCAUAUGACCUUAACAGUGAUCAUUUACGAAUUGUACGUCAGACGUUGUUUAAGAAGCCGAAGAGUCUAGAUGUAUUUGAGAACGUUGGUUAUGUAUCAGAUUUAGGUGGUAUUAGUCGUGUUGGUCUAUAUUAUGGAGAGACCAAUAUUAUGAGUAGAAUUACUAACCCCACUGGUUUGAAGAUUGUUCACCCUCUUAAACAGAUUAAAGGAUUAUCUCUGUGUAAAACUAAGUCAUGUCAAUAUUUAUGUGUUAAUAUUCCUAAUGAAGCUCGCUGUCUCUGUCCUGAUGUUUUUACUCUCAACAUUACAGACGGAAACUGUUACGGUAAAGUUUUUUUAAUAUUUUCCUCCAAUGAUAGUGUGCGUUAUUGCAAUGUUGGUAUAGAGCAGGAACUGGAUCCAAAAUUAUUUCCGAAAGGAAAGAGGAGGAUGUAA